AACUCUCGUUCAAAUAAAAAUACUUUCUUUUAGUAUUGUGCUUGAAGAUUUAAGUAAAAAAAAAUAAAUAGGAAAAACAACUUCACUGCAGUGUAUAGUGUCACGUUCCUGUUAAACGUUUACAAACUUUGGGCAAAAUCGUGAUAAUGAAGAAGAUGGAUUAAAAAUCGCGCAAACUCUCUGGCAGUAUAAAUACUUUGGCGAGUCCUACUUAAAACUACACUACUUAUACUGCUACAGCAUCGAUACAGACUUCGAAGAACCAUGAUCAUCCAGAUCAUUCUUUUCGCCGGUCUGGCGCUGGCACAGUCCUCCGCUUGCCUGCCGGCCUGGGGCUGGGGACUGUCAGCACCCCUCGGGGGCGGCUGGGGCUACCCAGGACUCCUGGGCUCCGGCUGGGGGUACCCGGGCUACCUGGGCGGACUGCACGGGGGGUACGGGUACCCUGGUCCUGCGGCAGAAGUCGGCGCCGCCGCGAGCUCUUCGGCAUCGUCCAGCGCCUCCUCUGCUGGCGGACCAGACGACGCCGCUCCGUCGUCGUCGUCGUCGUCAUCGACGUCAUCAUCUGCAUCUGCAUCUUCGUCUUCAUCCGCGGCCUCUGCAUCUUCAUCUUCAUCUUCUUCCUCUUCUGUCUCGGGAGCUUCCGGGGCCUCCGGAGUACCUGUACCUUGGCACGGCGGUCUUUACGCGCUUCCUGUCGACGUCGCCGGCUGUGGGUACCCCGGGUACUUUGGCGGGCCGCACGGAGGAUACGGAUACCCCGGGUAUUUGGGGGGCGGUUGGGGGUACCCGGGACCCGUCGGAGGUUGGGGAUAUCCAGGCGUCGGUGCUGCCGCCGCCUCCAGCUCUGCUGCGGCGGCCGGAGUCGGGCCUCUCGCGGGUCUCGGAGGAUAUGGCGGGUAUGGGUACCCGUGGGGUACUAUAGGCGGGUGUGGAUACCCUGGUAUGUAGAGCGAGCCGUGUUUGAUACCUAAGACGAAGACUGAUUCCCCGAUGCUUGUGGCGAUUGCUAUGUUUUGGCCGUGUUUGGGUACACACUAAGCUGAAGAAAACUACGUUAACAUUGAAAGCAAUCUGUGUCGUUUAGCACGAAAUUUUAUGAUAGUAACUUGAAGCAUAAAUUUUUUUUACAGAAUAUUGUUAAAUAAACCAUUAAAAAAAUAACCUAAAUAAACUCGUUGAUACUUAUCA